UGAGACGCAGAGAUCUCCGAGGAGCCAAAUCUUGAAAAAGUGGGUUUGGACCAAGUUCAUCCGUUCCACGCAAAACAAAAGAAGGAGCAGCGAAAGAAGAUGUUGUCGAUAUUUGGAUCUAGUGGGAGACUACUGCUGCGGUCGACUACGACUAUGCCGACGACCGCGAGCUCGGUGUUUAGGAGUUCGAGUGUUUUGUUUCCGCUUUCGAGGACUAGAUUGGCGACUACGGCUAUCACUAUCAACAGCAUCAGCAGCCUACGACGAUUCACGACAACCCCUCACAGAAGCGCAAUCGAACCCCCUCGCCUCUCACCAGAAGAAACGAUCCGGCUGCAACAGCAAGCCGAAAAAGAAGCCAAAAUCAAGCGCGCAAAAGACCAUGCCCAGCGGAUCCUCGCAAAAGUACCAGCCCGGUUCCGCCCGCACGCCGAGAAACUGCUGACCGAACCCGGCUCGUUUGUCUUUUGCUUUCUGAUCCUGCACGAGCUGUCGGCGGUGUUGCCGCUGUUUGCACUGUUUUGGCUGUUUCAGUAUCUGGAUUGGGCGCCGCCGUUGCCGGACAACUUGAUUGAGAAGGGCACCGAGUUUUUCUCGAAAGCGGUCGAGCCGGAGAAAAUCCCGGCGGGGGCGGCGGGGGCAAAGUAUCUUGCGCAGGGAGCUACCGCGUAUAUUCUAGUCAAAUUCCUACUCCCGGUCAGAAUCCCGCUCUGCCUGCUCGCCACGCCAUGGCUGGUCCGGAGAACAAUCGACCCCAUCAAGGAAGUCUUCCGGCUCAGACGAGCAAUCAAGGCCCACAAACAAGGCCCAAAGCUGCGCCGGCCAUCAUGAGUCUUUGUACAUUAUUAUUGACUGUACAUUACUACUACUGACGGACACUUACACAAACCCCGUCGCUGACAUAAAUACACAAACACCUCAGCGCUUACACGACGCGUCCGGGGACGCGUGGGACGCGUUCUCAUUUAACUUAAAAAGGCAAAAAUAAAAAACCUUAAAAUCAAUAAAUCAAUCAAGGGGCCUCCUCCUCCUUUCACCG